AUGUUCCAAGGAUUAUUCCGAGCGCAUGGAGACCAACGGCCAGCCAGGGCUUCCAACCUCGAUGAUCCAGACCAGGAGAAAAAGUCGACGAAAUUUUGGUUCUCAGUUCCUUCCCUAACAGCAGACGGCCAACGUUUUCGAUUAAAUACUCUCAAAUUAGCCCUCAGGUCCUAUCCUGGGCUUGAAAAAUACGUUUCAGUUCAACCUUUCGAGAGGGGAAUCAAAUUCUUUAUCUCUUUUGAACUUACCAAGGACUCGAUCCUACAAUCUGACCUCACCGAGUCUCCCAACGGGACUGUCCUCUCAUUGAUCAUUGAUCCCGAGCUGACCGAGCUGACGGCGCCGAAAGGCUUGGAUAAGGAGAGUAGUGUAGUAAAGACCUUCUACGCCUUGAAUAAGGCGACAAUUCUGGACCUUUGUUUUGGUGAAGUUCUUAGUACAGGUGAUAAAAUCGUAGUGAGCGAAUUCUUCAAGCGCAUGAAAAUCGAGAAAGUUGAACGCCGUCGUCCGGAUAAAAAAACCCCUAUUUUUGACAAAUCAAUGUCAAGAUUCUUCAGCCUCCGUGACUAUUACAAUGUACAAAGUACUGCAGCCAAAUGGGAACACGAUUCCCAGAUAAAUCGGAUUCGAGAAUACUUUAAGGGGAAGGCUUGGGUUCGCCUUUUGGACGACGACCGAGAAAUAGAGAUCCAUAUGAGGUGGACGGGAGACCCUAAAGAGAAAAUGCGCUUGCGCGACGAGCAAGAGUUCGAUCUUUCCUCCCCAGAUACUCCAAUUGAGCAUGGCCUCCGGGUGAUUGCACUUCCGCAGCAUGUGGAAGAUUUCAAUUUCCGAAACAACCUCGUCGUCCAAUCUGUCGAGGAAAUGGGAGAAGAUGUUAAACAAUUUCUUCGGAGCAUAUCAGAUCCAGAUCUCCCAUGCGAGUUAAGAGAGGUGAUGUGGGUCGAACCGGUUGAAAAUACGCGGUCUCGGGAUUUAAUUCUGAAAAAUCUUCAAAAGACUAUAGAGGCCGCCAAAGAUAAGCAAUCCAGGGUUGAUCUUUGCGGUAUUAUCUUAGGGUUUAACCCACUAGCGAAUACAAAGCCUUGCUCAAGGGAGGUCAUAGAACAGCUCGAAAAGUUUCCUCUGGAGGACGAGCAACGCAGUGCGGCUCUCAUGGCUCUCUCACCUGUCGAUGAUAACGAGCCUACACUGCUUACAACAGUUCGUGGUGGACCGUCAACCGGAAAGACCUAUCUGUCAUCUGUUGUUUGUAAAGUGGCCUUAGCCUCGAAGCUUAACUCGAGAAUCUUGGUAUGUGCGCCGACGAAUAUUUCACUCGAGGCACUGAUUGAGGCCAUGGCAGAUUUCGUGGAGAUAAAGUCACGACGAGGGGACGUGGUUUAUCUUCAAAGCCGAAUUCCAUCUACAAGGAUGGAACAUGACCACAAGAACGAAAUUGUAGCCGCCAUUGUUGCAAAAACCAAACUAGCGAAGCAAAGAGAGGCUUGGAUGGAAGAUCAUAUUAAUGAUAGGUUGACUCUCCGUUAUGCUGAGUGUACUAACAAGAAGCUAGAAGGCCCCCUUAGAGAGGUUGAAGAGUUGAUAGAGAAAAAGAUAUGGAGUAACACACUCCUUGCCUUCACAACUCUGGAAAGUGCAUUGAAAGUCCCACUCAGCUUCGGUGCGACAAUGCUCGUAAUUGAAGAGGCCGGGCGAGCCACAGAGCCACAAGCACUAAUUCCCAUCACCAGAUUCAGCCGAACUCUCGAGCGGAUUCUGUUAGUUGGAGAUACUCGACACCUUCUCCCGUUUAGUUUGACCGAUUAUUCAGUCACUCAGCUAAGCUUCCUUGAAAGACUGAUGCGCCUUGAAUGGAACCAGUUUGCCUCACUCCAGCAACAGAGAGAGAUACACCCAGCCAUCAGUGAAGCUAUUCGUAAAAUAUGGUACCGCGAUAAUUCUAAGGAUCCGAAGCCUUUAUUCCCGGGCGAUAAUACAUUCCACAUUCAAGAUACACCUAAGGAGAACAGUUACAUUAUUUACGACCACCCCAGAGUGCAUAGCCUACCAAAGGAUGGAUUCUAUCGGCAAAUAAUCAAGAGAUUAUUUGAUAUCAAUGACCUGGGAUUUUGGAUCGAUAUUAAGGGCAAGGAUGACGAGGCUGACUGUGGGUCAAAAAGCAACAUGAAAGAAGUGGACGCAAUACGAAGGAUGUGCUGUGUUUUGGCUAAAGUAGGAAUACCUCUACAAGACAUAGCUAUUCUCACGCCGUAUGCUAGCCAGCGAGAACUUUUGACCGACGACCUUCAAGAUCAGAUCGAGAAUGGCUUAUCAGUGUCGUCUUUCGAAGAAUACCAAUUACAUAGAGAUGUUGUUCUUGUUAGCCUCGUGAGGGCAAAUGGAGGAGAUAACGUCGGGUUCCUGAACAACAGAAAUCGGUUAUGCGCCGGUUUCAUCCAUGCACGAUACGUCCAAAUUAUAUUUGGUAAUCACGACUUUAUGACAAGUGCUGUCACUGGAUUUAUUCGAGGAAACAAUGAACGUGCCAUGAAGGACCUCGUCAGAGGGCCAUACAAAUGGAGAGUUCUUCGAGACCCUUCUAAGCGCCUCUAUGAGAGAUAUAUCAAGAUGGCAGACUUCUAA